UAACUUCUCAUCUGCAGAGUGGUGAGACGAUAAUAUAUGAUGGAGAGAAAGAUCAAGGAAAAGAACUGAAUAGAAGUUUAGGAGCAAGAUAAGCGUGACGGAAACAGGGGCUAGGGUUUCUGGGGCCCAUACAGAUUCCUCUUGUAUCUCUUGGUUGACUCCAGAAUAUUCCGCUUUUCAGCCUUCUGCAGGGAAACCAUGCCUAGACCACGGAAGAGGCUGGCCGGGGCUGCUGGGCUAGACAAGAAGGGUCCAGCAGGAAAACAUGUCAAAACUAAGAACACGGAGAGCUCCAGCCCUCAGAAGAUACCAGCCUCAAAAAAUUGUGAGAAGAAUACAGGUAGCUACUGGCUGAUGAAGUCAGAGCCAGAAAGCCGAUUAGAGAAAGGUGUAGAUGUAAAGUUCGGCAUUGAGGAUCUCAAAGCACAGCCCAAGCAGACAGCUUGCUGGGAUGGUGUUCGCAACUACCAGGCCCGGAACUUCCUUAGAGCCAUGAAAGUGGAUGAAGAAGCUUUCUUCUAUCAUAGCAACUGCAAAGAGCCAGGUAUUGCAGGACUUAUGAAGAUUGUGAAGGAGGCCUACCCAGACCACACACAGUUUGAGAAAACUAACCCCCAUUAUGAUCCUUCAAGCAAAGAAGACAACCCCAAAUGGUCUAUGGUGGAUGUACAGUUUGUUCGGAUGAUGAAGCGUUUCAUUCCCUUGGCUGAGCUCAAAACCCAUCACCAAGCUCAUAAAGCCACUGGUGGCCCCUUAAAAAAUAUGGCUCUCUUCACUCGCCAGCGACUCUCAGUUCAGCCCCUAACCCAAGAAGAGUUUGAUUUCAUUUUGAGCCUGGAGGAGAAGUAAUCAAGUUAACCAAGACACCAUUGCUGGAAUGGGCCAGGCAUUACUCCAAAGAAUACAAGCUUUUGUAAGACAAAAGAUGGAUAUUCUAUUUACCUGGUUGUAGACAUAGGUUGUUUUUGUAAAUUUUUCCCCCAAUAAAGCAUUAUCAAAAGUU